AGCCCAGGUUACUGGUUUAACAUUAUUUAAAGGAUAACAUUUUGGUUGAUGUAGCACUUCUCCCAUGUUGGAAUAUAAUGUUCUCUUGGAAUAUUGUUAUUGAUUCUUGGAGUAGGACUGAAUACUCAGAGAACAAUGGGUUUAGAAUAUAUGUACAACAGCUUCAAUUAUCUGUUUUAGUUAAUACACAUUACCCUUAAAAAAAUUAAUCUGGAAAGAGGAACUGUCCCUGUGAGAAUAGUUUUUUCUUUAUUCAUUCAAUUCCAGACUGAAACACCACUCUUUACUCAGUCUGUUUCCAGCCUCUGUCUUUUCUUGCCCUGCUGUUUCUGGCUCUGCCUCUGAGCGCAUCAACCAUUUCCUGGAGUCAGAGCCUAUGAGCAAGAGAGUUUUCUCAUUCCCUUUGAACUGAGCCGAGUGGUGGAGCUGUCUGAUCAGGAGACUUUGGGACUGCUAAGAGCCAUACUGACACCGCUGUGGGCAUCAACAAGCUAUCAUCACACUCACACUUCUCGCAGAAGUAAAACAGUACCCGUUCAUGGACCAGACUUUCUUCACAAGCCUCGGAAUGACUCCUAUUACCUUGUUCCUUUUGUUCUGCUUGCUGUCACGUGCGUCACCCAACAGUGCAGAAAACGUAUUUACUGGAUUUUGUCCUGGUCAGCCGGGAAUUCCAGGAACUCCGGGACGGAAUGGGCAUCCAGGGCUGGCAGGGCGGGAUGGGAGAAAUGGGAGGGAUGGAAUGCCUGGAGCACCGGGAGAGAGAGGUGAAACAGGGAAACCAGGCUUACCUGGGCCUAAGGGGGAGCAGGGUGAUGAUGGGAUGCCCGGGCAAGCUGGUGAGAAGGGAGUCAAAGGGGAUAGCGUGAUCAGCUACAACUCAGCAUUCAGUGCAAAACGUUCCAAGACUCACAUCUUCCCCCUGACUGAGGAGCCGGUGCAGUUCGAUGUGGUUCUGCACAAUGAUCAGCACCACUACAACCCGGCGACAGGGAAGUUCACCUGUGAGAUUCCGGGCCUCUACUACUUCGUGGUUCACUCCACAGUGUUCAGAACCAGCCUGCAGUUUGACAUCAUGAAGAACAAUGUGACCGUCUCCUCCUUUUUCCAGUACUACGCCAACUGGCCAAAGCCCGUCUCACUAUCAGGUGGAGCCCUCAUCCACCUGGACCCCAAGGACCAGGUGUGGGUGCAGGUGGCAGUGGGGGAGUACAAUGGAAUUUACUCCAGCACAAAGACAGACAGUACCUUCACUGGGUUUUUACUCUAUUCUGACUGGAAAAAUGCUCAUUUACUAGUUUAAUAUCCAGUAUUUCUGCUCACUGCUGCACCUUGCAUGGAUUGUACUUAACAUCAAACUGAAUUUUAAAGACACUAUCAUUAGAUACAUUAUCAUUAGAGAUUUACUGCAUCUCUCUUCAUAAUGUCUUUGGCUUUAGGGUUAGCAUUUUCCCAAAAUGUACAUCAGACUUGAAGUCUGUUUAUAUAAUGAAAUUCUUUAUAAUCCCAA